AUGGGCCCGCUCCUGAGAAAUGCCCACCGAGGGGGCGACGUGCUGUUGGUGCUUCUGGCUUGGGCAGCCACAGUCGCCGCCCUCGACAUAAGCAUCUGUGCGAGCUUCAAUACGGCCUCGAUGGACAAAAAACUGGACAUAUACCAGACAAACGGCCUGUGUCACGACAUGUGCAUCAAGAAGAAUCAGGCCUAUGCCAUUACCCAGGGCAACGCUUGCUGGUGCUCCGAUUACACUCCGGCCAAAAGCAAGCAGGUCGACAAGGGCGAAUGCAACCAGCCUUGUCCGGCCUAUCCUUCCGAGAACUGCGGCGGCCCCGGCGUCUUCGGCUACAUCCUCCUCAAUAACGUUUCUCCUUCGGGCACCAAGGGCGCCGACCCCGAGCCGUCGCCGACGCCAACGGAAAAGGAGUCGACCGAGGAGACCAGCACCUCUAGCACCACGAGCGAAACCUCCACCACCUCAGAAUCUCCGCCGCCCGCAACGUCGGUUAUCCAGACGGUCACGGCCGGCGGCACCAUCCAAACCGUCACCAUCGUUCCUAUCCAGACGCACUCGGCCGUCUCCAACGAAUCCAACACCCCCACCGAAAUGGCCACCGACAAGGGUGGGCUUGGCACCGGAGGCAUCGUCGGCAUCGUCGUCGGCGUCAUUGUCGGCGUCCUCGGCCUCGCAGCCAUCGCCCUGUUCCUGUUUUUCCAGCGCAAGAGGCGCAGAGAAGGUGACUUCCAAGACGACCCCAGUGUUCGCGGCAGCUCGUCGGGCAUGCUGGGCGGCCGCUCCGAGAUGUCGGGGAUUCCUGGAUCGCCAGGGUCGACGGGUAACCGGAGCAGCAUGUUGCAGAUUGACCCGCGCAUGAACCCUUUUAAGCAGGGCAUGUACGCCCGCAACGGCAGCCACGAGAGCAUCAACACGUUGCGAGACGACCACGAUUACUCGAGGAGGAUUCAGCAACCCAAGGUGCUCCGGGCGACAAACCCGGACCCCACCGACGAAAACUGA